UGAAGAAGUUGCAACCGGCCUUGUCUUUAAUUUUUACAUUUUAACAAAACUGUCAGCCAUUUUGAGUCAUUUCGAAUGGAGAGAAAAAACUGAAAUGAAUUGAAAUGAAUUAGCUUAUGACUACGACUACUAAAUUGACAGUUAGAAAUGUUGGAUUACUGUAAAGAUUUGGAAUUGUGCUCUGGCCGCAGGCGAAUUCAACUAGUUCCAGCUGACACAUCGAAUCUUGGCCACGGCAUUUGCCGUCAAACACAAAAAUCCCAUCGAAAUAUUCAAGUGCGCUGCUUGCGUGUGCGACCCCCUCGAACCCUGAACCCCGAAACCCGGACCAAAAACAACUCAACUCCAGCUCCAUGCUCGGACAGGACGAAUCCUGUGCACAAUGCUCACAUGCUUUUAAGCUUUCACUUUGAGGCCGCCUGUGCACAGUGGGCUACGGCUGAUUUGUUUGGCAAAUAGAUUUAAUUUCUUUUCAUUGAACAUUUGUUUAUUUAUUUAUUUAUUUAUUUAUUUAUU